GAAAGGAAAUACGUCUGGUAAUGUCUCCGAUUAUUCCUAAGGUUCGCUAGUAUCUUCUAGUAUCGUCUUGGCGGUGCAAAUUGACGGUCGGGUCUCGUGAUAGUGAUUCGCUCACCGAUGAUACUCUUGUACGACUUUCUAAUAUGACAUUCAUUGUCACAUGCGGAUCAGGGUGCAGUUCGAAUCGUGGAAGUUGUUCGUUUAUUAACUAGGCUAAUUUAAAAAAAUAAAUUAAUUAUGGAUGUCAUAGUCCGGAUUCUUGGCAUCGCGCUUAUCAUUUUUAAUUCGAAGGUCGUGCUAAUACUUUCGCAACAUCCAAAACUCUUAGUAAUAUCAUAUGAUGCAUUUAGAUAUGACUAUUUUAACAAGAAUGUCACACCGUUUAUGAACAAGUUGAGGAAUGAAAGUGCAUACGCAGAUUACAUGAUGAAUAUUUUUAUUACUAAAACGUUUCCUAACCAUCAUACCAUGGCUACAGGGUUGUAUGCUGAAACUCAUGGUGUCACAGAUAAUGAAGCAUAUGAUCCUGAUGAUGGGAAUGUUAUACCAUAUUCAUAUGAAUUAUUUCACUACAAUAAAAAUUUAUUACCUAUUUGGACAAUUAACGAAAAGGCUGCAAAAGGGAGGCAUAGUGGGACAAUGAUGUGGCCAGGUAGCGCAUUUGAAUAUCAAAACACAACACCUAAAUAUGCUCAGGUAUUCAAUGAAACUAUUCCAUUCGAAAAUAGAGUGGAUACAUUAUUAUCUUGGUUCAAGCAUCCAAAUACUCCAAUAAAUUUUGGAGUUUUGUACAUAGAAGAGCCUGACGCAACGGGACAUGCGAUAGGAAUAAAUGGACCAGUUUUCAAUAAUGUUCUUGAAAAAUUGGAUAACCUUACAAGAUAUAUUCAUAGAAAAUUGGAUGAGUAUCAUUUGAAUGAUGUUAAUGUAAUUCAUUUAAGUGAUCAUGGAAUGGCAAAUGUUGCUAUGGAUAGAAUUAUUAACUUGACAAACUACGUCAACUAUAGUGACUUUAAGAUGGCAGGCACAGCAUCUGGGAUGCAGAUAUUUCCUAAUCCUGGAAAGUACGAUUCCGUUUAUCGGGGUUUGUUGCAAGCGGUACAUGAUAUUCCGCACUUUAGAGUAUACAAAAAGGAAGAAAUACCUAAGAAAUAUCAUUAUGGAAAUAACACACGAAUAGGACCUUUAUUUGUUAUAGCUGACGUAGGUUAUGCAUUCGAGAAAUUAUAUAAUGCAAUUCCGUUUUACGAAGAUAAGUUCAACUUUAUAGCUACUAAUGCAAGUGAAUUUGGCAUGCAUGGCUAUGAUAACGAAGAUGAGGAAAUGCAUCCCAUGUUUUUUGCAAUGGGACCUGCAUUUGUACCUCGAUGCAAACUUGAACCGUUUGAUAAUGUCGAUUUAGUUCCAUUGUUUUGUGAAAUUCUUGAAUUAAACUGUCCACGUAACAAUGGUACGCUGGGUAAAUUGACAAAAUGUUUGACAAAAUAUGCUAAUAAUAAAGACGGUGCUUCAUCAUCAGUAGUAAUGAUUACAGGAAUCGGGAUUUUAAUAACUAUCACUGCUAUUGCUGGUCUGGUUUCUAUGAUCCUUAUAAGGAGAAGACAAAAGAAUGUUAAGGCCAAGUAUAGGAGAAUACCUAAAGAUUCUGAUUUGGAAAGAUUUUUCGAUGGGAUCCAGGAUCAUGAGAAUGUUUAAUGUUAAAGAAUAAAUAUUUAAAUAAUUUCAUAUACCAAUGGCUGUGAGUUAUGUUGUUUAGCAUAGGUUUCUUUUUGAGUAUAAACUAUGGUCAUCCCGUAACAUCAUAUUGUUCUUCAAAUAUAAUACUGAUCUAAAGAUCAAUUGAUAGUCAUAACAAGAGCUUUCAAUUCUAAACUUAACAUUAUUUGACCAGUGGUAUCCAAGUCCUUUUAUUUAACUUGCGCAUUAAAUCUGGUAUGGAGAAACAAAUGUAUUAUUAAUAUAUAAUUAAUUUCUCUUUUAUUUUAUCUUUUGAUUAUUAAUGAAUAAUAUGACACUGUGAAGCAUAGAUAUGAUAAUGAUUAACUAGACUCAUAGGAGGAUUGUGAUUUACAUUUAUCAAUAUAGCCAUGAAUUUUUGCAUCA